UCCACUUAUCAAAAUACCACUUUUUGAGGGUUCCACUUAUCCGAAUAAAGAGGGGAUGUAAUCGAAUACUCCAAUAUAAUACCACCUUUAAUCAUAGUAAAACACCCUUCAGGCGCGGAUUUAGACUAGGUCAACCCUGUCACGCGACCUAGUAAAAAAAUGCCGAGGAUUGAAAUCGAAUUCUGUCGAAUUUACCCGGAAUCUGAAGAUCGAAAUAUUUCUCCUUGUUUUCUCAUAACGCGAAUUGGAUCAACCUAUGUUGACCUGACCUGUGUUAGCCAGUCUUGGCUCUAGGUUAUCCCGCGAGGCUUUUACCGUCGACUAGAAUCAAACCUAUGUGGGCCCGACCUAUUUUGAGUCAGAAAUUUUGAAGUCAGCCCAGUCUUGGCUCUAGGUUAUCCCGCGAGGCUUUUACCGUCGACAAGAAUCAAACCUAUGUUGGCCUGACCUAUUUUUAGUCAGAAAUUUUGAAGCCAGCCAGUCUUGGCUCUAGGUUAUCCCGUGAGGCUUUCACCAUACACUAGAGUCAACCUAUCUUGGCCUGACCUAUUUUUAGUCAGAAAUUUUGAAGCCAGCCAGUCUUGGCUCUAGGUUAUCCCGUGAGGCUUUCACCGUUGACUAGAAUCAACCUAUGUGGGCCUGACCUAUUUUUAGUCAGAAAGUUUUAAACAAACCUGUCAAAAUUUGUAGCAUGUUGGUAUAAAUAUAAGUAAGGCAUGCGGAAGAUUCUUUCCGUUCUCAACAUGGCUUGCAAGAGCUUGAGAGAGCGUGUGGAGUUAGUUUUUGAAAACGAAAAUUUUGAUGAGCUACCUCAAAUUUACGCCGAAUUAAAUAAAAAGUUUAAAUGUAAUUCUGUUUUGCCAUCUACUGACGUGUUGCAAAAACAACUUACUUUUGGUUUUAUCCAAAGAAAUUGCCAUGCAGAAUACUACCUUCCUGCCUAUUUGAAAGCAAAGAAGGAUGGUUGCGCAAUUACGUUGAAGUCUCAGGUCAAUGGAAAUUGCCUGUACAGUUCUAUGGCGUUGUGUUUGUUUGGGAAAAAUGUGAUGGUUGACGACUUACGAAUUCUUGUGUCAGUGGAGCUAAUGAUGAAUGCUAGCUUUUACUGUAAGCAUCCUCUAUUUUCUUCUAUCCUUGCUCUUCCAGAAAGUCUCUUUAAAUCUAUGGAAGAUAUUCUCAAUAUGUCUGUCUGCAAUUCUGCAUUUAACACAGACAAAAAACAAGAAGACUUAGUUAAGGAGGUAGCCAUUUUAAAUUUAGUAGAUCGGAAAUAUUGUUCCUUUCUUGCUAUGCUUGCUCUGUCAUCUGUCACAAACAGGAAUAUAUUUUCUUAUUACCCAGAUUAUGGAUGCAAAAAAGCUCAAAUGUUGUUUAACCAAUUAAUAGAGCCUAGACAACCAAGCUCUGCUUUUGCUAUUCACAUUUUGUUUUGCUAUGAGGGCUUACUUCCAUCCAGAGAAAAUUUUGCACCUAAUCAUUUCGUUCCAAUUAUUUUUAAGCAGAUACGUAAACGCAAGUCAGGUUCAGCUGCGGACACAAAAGUUUUAUCUCCUCCUGUGAAAAGGCAAACAAGGUUUUUUCCGGAUGCACAGGCAACAGGGAAAUUAUCUCUUGUAAAACCUGUGAUUAAAGAUAAACAGUUUAAUUUCUUUCCUAAUAAAGCUUCCUUUAACAAUAAACUAACUGAAGAUUAUAAAGAUAGUAACAAUAAUAGCACAUCUGCUGAAGAUUUUAAUAACAAUGACAAAGCUUUAAAUGAUAUUUCCUUUGCUACUGUUUUAAAUUUUAAACAUCAAUAUGACGUUGCCUCUUUCCUUUCUAAAGUUUCAGGUCUAAAUGAUAAAGGUGUACACAACCUAAUCACCAAUGUUUUUGUGCCCGAUAAAUCUUUUAUUUUUCCUAAAAAAAGUGGGCGUUUCUUUCGGCAUGAAUGGCUAAAGACCUUUUUAUGGCUUAAAUAUUCACCAACUUUGGAUGGAGCAUUUUGUUUGCCAUGUAUCCUUUUUGGUCACAAGGUUGCUAACAAAACUUCUAAGUUACAGAAAUUGCUUUCUCAACCUUUUCGACAUUGGCCAGCUGCCAAAAACUUUUUUAAACAACAUGAAACAUCAAAAAAUGGUUUACAUAUUCAAACCAGCCUAACUUUUAGUGCAUUUGUGAAGAAUUUUUUAGGAGAAACUCAACCAAUCAGUGUAAUCAUAGAUUCCAACUACAAAAAACAGGUUGCUGAUAAUUGAAAGUUCUUAACACCAAUUGUUGACACCAUAAUUUUAUGUGGUCGUGUUUGUAUUCCUCUUCGUGGCCACAGGGAUGAUAGUAAAUAUCAUCCUGAAGUUGGAAAUUUUUCAACUGGUUCAACUGGCAAUUUUAUUGAUCUUUUAAAUUACAGAGUACGUGGUGGAGACACAACCCUUGAAAAUCAUCUUCUAAAAUGUAAUAAGAAUUCUUCUUAUAUUUCUAAAACUUCACAGAAUGAAAUAAUUAAUUGUUG